AUGUUGAUUGUCAUUAUAAAUUACAGUAUAAAAACACCCAUAAAGAAAAGGUUAAUACUGAGUCCUUCCCUUUUCUCUGUCAUUUCAGCUGUGAAAGGUUUUCCCUUUUUCCCUCUCUGUUACUCCACUCUUCAAGACAAAGUGUGUAUACAUAUAUAUAUAUAUAUAUAUGCAGAAAAGUGUAUAUUUAUGUAUACAUAGAGAGAGAAGUAGAAGAAGAAAGAGGUAGAAAUGGGUUGGUUUCCAUGUUCUGGAGCAUUGAACAAGACUUCAAAGAAAAGGAAAAAGAAGAAGAAAGACUCCAAUAAUUCUGUACAACUUGGUUCUGGAAAGAUGAAGGGAAAGAAUCAGUUAGGCUCAAAGGAGUUUGUUAAGGAUGGGGAGUCCGGUCAGAUUGCAGCCAAGAUUUUUACAUUUCGUGAAUUAGCAGCUGCGACAAGAAACUUUCGAGGUGAUUGUCUUCUUGGAGAGGGAGGAUUUGGAAGAGUAUACAAAGGGCGGAUUGAUUCCAAUCAGAUUGUUGCCAUCAAGCAACUUGAUCGUAAUGGAUUACAAGGGAACAGGGAAUUUCUUGUUGAAGUGCUGAUGCUAAGUCUGUUACACCAUCCUAACCUGGUAAGUUUAACCGGUUAUUGUGCUGAUGGAGAUCAAAGACUUCUUGUUUAUGAAUAUAUGCCACUAGGAUCACUUGAUGACCAUCUUCAUGAUCUUUCUCCUGGUAAGAAUGUGCUUGAUUGGAACACGAGAAUGAAAAUUGCAGCUGGAGCAGCGAAGGGCUUGGAAUAUUUACAUGACAGAGCAAGCCCACCUGUAAUAUACCGCGAUUUAAAAUGCUCCAACAUUUUGCUCGGUGAGGGGUAUCACCCGAAGCUAUCUGACUUUGGAUUGGCUAAGUUGGGGCCUGUUGGAGAUAACACUCAUGUAUCUACUAGAGUUAUGGGUACUUAUGGGUACUGUGCUCCAGAGUAUGCGAUGACUGGUCAGUUGACGUUGAAGUCAGAUGUUUACAGCUUUGGAGUUGUCCUACUGGAGAUCAUCACUGGUAGGAAAGCAAUUGAAAAUUCAAAAACUGGAGGAGAGCACAAUCUUGUUGCAUGGGCAAGACCGUUGUUCAGAGAUCGGAGAAAAUUCUCACAGAUGGCUGAUCCAUUGCUUCAAGGCCAAUAUCCGGUAAGAGGCUUGUAUCAAGCUCUAGCAGUUGCAGCAAUGUGCGUUCAGGAGCAACCUAACAUGCGCCCAGUCAUAGCGGACGUUGUCACAGCUUUGUCUUACCUUGCUGCACAAAAAUUUGACAUGAGUGAUACUCAAGGAGUUCAAAACUCGCGCUGGACACCGGCUACUCCACCUAGAACAAAACAUGAUGGUGAUAAGCGACAAAAAGGUGGCAGCAAUGAAGCUAGAUGGUGAUAGGAAAACUAAGCAAGGACAAACAAGUAUAUAAUAUCAAGACGAGUAACCUCUUGGAUAACAGCUAGUUCAGUACAAACGACAAUCAAAUGUACCUGCGGAACUGUAUUGGCAUGACCUUCGCCAAAAUUUUGUACCUCGAAAGUCAGACUAGCUACGGUUAUCUUCCCUGAUAUCGAGCAUGCUUUGCAUUUCCCGUAUAAUCAUCUGAGUACGUAGUUGAUCCGUGCAGUUUAUGGUUUUGCUCAUUUCUUGGUAGCCCUGCAUAUCUUGGGAAGGUGUUUGUUUGUUGUACAAGCAGCCAACACCUUAUUGUAUUGUGGAAAGGCAAAUUAUGAUGUAAAAUUUCUGAAUUCAGUCAUUGUAUUUAUAUCUUUGCGAUCAAAGACAUUAUUCAGUAUUGAAA